AUGGAACCAAUCGACUUAUUGGUGAUCGGCGCCGGCAUACAUGGCUUAAUCACUGCCAAAUCAUACGCAGAAAGCGCCACUUCUCCUUACACUAUGCGGAUAUUCGACUCUGCUGCUAGCAUAGGCGGUGUCUGGGCUAGCGAAAGGCUUUAUCCGGGACUAAAGACGAACAAUGUCGUGGGUUCAUACGAAUUUAGUGACUAUCCCAUGGAUCUGAAGCGGUAUAAACUCAAGCCUGGCGACCACAUACCCGGAAACGUCGUGCACCAAUAUUUAGUCGACUUUGCGAAACAUUUCAAGCUCCAGGUACAAUUACGAACCAAGGUCGAGGCCGCAACCCUGGAGGACGAUGGAGUAUGGCGCCUGGGUAUGGCGGAGGCGGAGCGGCUACUUUUCCAUCUCGCGGUUGACAUCUACCCGACUCUUCACCUGGUUCGAUCCGAGCCCUUUAGCCUCCCCUUGCAACGCAUGUUCCUGGCGUCCUGGCUUGGGCGUUGUGUCAGUGCAAUAUUCUGGACACUUCUUGACUACCUUGUCCUCCUAACCACCGGCUAUAUACCAGCGAAAGACGGACUGCGGCCGCUACGGCCCUGGUUUUCAACGUUUUGGAUGGGCAACUCGCUCAGUGUCCACAACUACGAGACUGACUGGUUUGAACUCGCCAAACUGGGGAGAAUUGUGGUGCACCACGCUGAGAUAUCACGCUUGGACGAGAAUACGGCUCGCCUUUCCAACGGACAUGUACUGGAACGAGUAGGAACGGUCGUAGCAUGCACCGGCUGGGAGCACAGGCCCAACAUACGAUUCACGCCCCCGAUCGUUGGCUCCGGUGAGGGCAAGCCGCUGCAAGAAGAAGACCAGAUACUAUCGCAAACCUUGGAACUCAUUAGCCGCAUCUGUCCCGCCGACUGCUUGCCGCUCCCGCAGUACUACCAACCACGAUGGGUUCCCCUGCGCGAAGGCAAAAGCGCGCCUCUUGUCAUCGGGCUGCGCAUCCCCGCCACGGUCGAGUCCGUUAUUGCCGUUUUGGCCAUAAUUCGCAUGGGCCACACAAUCCAGCUCAUCGCGCCAACCCUCGGAGCUAGCCACGUCCAAGGUCUCGUCAAGGCGGCCAGGUGCGAAUGGGUGGUGAACGGGCUCGACGAUUUGGACCCCCGGACAUUGCCACUGACGAAAGUCGAGCGUUUGCACGAGGUGGAGACUCAGGAAGGUGACCACAACGUGUGCUGGCUACCUGCCGCCAAUGAGGCAAAUCCGAAUGAAGUCGCCCUCAUGAUGCACUCGUCAGGGUCGACGGGGCCCCCAAACUCUUCGGCUGCUUCUGCCGGCGAUUCCAACUACUGGGAUUAUGUCCAGCCGGACCCAGAGUCGGCGCCUCAUCUCCAGUUUCGGGCCCUUGGCCAGGAAGAAGGCAGUGCGUGGGCCGGCGGCGAACAACUCUUCGAGCUCGUCGUUCUCCCCACACUUCCCGCCAUGGAUGAGAGGUGGGCCAAUACGCCGGACGGGUCGCUGCAUACAGGCGAUUUGUUUGUGAAACACCCCACGCAGGAACGGUACAAGUGUCUAGGGAGGAAGGCGGAUGAAGUGGAAAUUAACCCCACGUCUGACGGCGUGGUUAUGCUCUGGGCACGCGCUUACGAAAGCGUUGUCGAGAACCGCCAUGCGGAUAUCAUAAGUGCAGCUGCGUUGGUCGGUUCCCGUCGGGAAAAGCCAGGCCUGCUUGUCUUUGUCAGAUCUGGCGAGGGUAGUGCUUUGUCGAAUAGCGACAUCUUGGCAAGGAUCUGGAAAACGGUCGAGGAGGAACUGAACCCAACGGUGCCUUUGCCUCUGGCCGAGGAUAUGAUUAUCUUGGUUCGUGAUGCCGUGGUACCACGCACGCCCAAGGGAGAAAUGUUGCGGCCCGAGGUGUACUUCAAAUUCAGGGAUGCUAUUGACGGCGCAUUUGACAACUAG